AAUCCCGCGUGGCUAGGCUGGGCCGAAGUCUCGCGAGGGUGAUACCGCUGCCCUGGUAACGAGUGUUGCGACUCUCGGUGAAGAACGUGGCUGUAGCCGCUAAACUGCCCGGACGGUACCAGUCGCUGGGCCCUAGGUAUUGCGGGCCAAACGGCUGCUCUGGGCACGGGAGGGACGACUGGCCUGAUCAGGGGACUCAGGGCAGGGUGAGGGGGCCGAGGGGGACAGUGAGGUGCCAAGAGGGAAAGUCCCUGCUGAAAAGGAGCGCGCCUCUGGAAAUGCGCCCCUCCCCCCACGGCCGUGUCGCGAAGUGAGUGUGGGAGGAAGACUUUGCAGCCGGGAAUUGUGGCUUCAUCAUCCUUCCCGCCUGGGAAGUCACUUUCCUGACCGCAGACCUGCCUGGUCGCGGCUGGCGUGGCCGCGCCAGCUGUUGCCUCUUGUGCUUCUGAGUGGAAGAUCCUCGCGGAGCGCUCAUUAGAUCCACCUGUGUGUGUGGCUUUCCUGAAGCUCAGGUUUUACUCUGCAACAGGUCAGCACGUUGGUGGGCCUCUUAGGCGCAUGUAAGGAAAUGGAAUCAAGUUUUAUGCCAGUCUAGCCUUACGGAUUUGGAGUUGUGAUCCCCAGGCUGAAACUUAAGUCACUUACUACAGAAGGUGUUGCCCAUAAGACAGACUUCUCUGUUGCAUUGGUAGUUCAUUGCUAAGGAGCUUGGGCUUUAUUUUGUGUAGUCUUCGCUCGAAAAUAUACUUUUUUGCAGCAGGUGCAUAAACCAGUAGAUUCGAAAUUAGUAAAUUCCUUUGGUCUCUCAAAAAGAAUAGAAUCUUAACAAGGAAUUUCUAUUAUUUCAUUGUCCUUAAUAACCAUUUGAGAAGAUAUUUGCAUGGGAGGGUUAAUGGUCAUUGUGAAUGCAACCUUCUGAGAACAACUGGAAUUCCACGAAGACUGAAUAUGAUGGAAUAUUAGAACAGAGACAGUACCUACAGAGUUUUAACCAAGAUAUAAAAAGAAAAGUCUAUUGUCAUUUGAACUAUUGGUCAAAUGAAAUUUAAGCGAAAAAAAAUUACCUACAUUGCUACAAUUCACUGCGUGAAUAACUGAUUUUUAUUUGAUUCAUGCUCUUUUUAAUGCCUCAGGAUUAUUUUGAACUUGCUGUCGUGUGUGGUAUUUAAUUGUAAAUAUAGAAUGUAAAUGAUUUGGGCUAUGUACCCUGAAAAUUCCUUUUUCAGUUAAAUUAUUUACUUGAUUUGUCUUUUAUUGUGAUUUUCUUUCUGUCUUCUAAAAAUGGAAAAUGUCUUCAAAUCUUUGAAAUUAAAGGUUUAACUAGCUGUGCCCUAAUUUACUUUCUAGAGAAGCCUGUUGUCACUGUUAAUUAAAUAAAAUGGAAUAUAUUUGAGGGUACACUCUUAAUGUGUACUUAAUAAGAAAAUUGUCAAAUAAGAUCCUUACGAAUUAUUUUACAGCCUACCUACAAAAUAAAUUUCUAGCCAGAUAUUGGAAGAGAUGUCAGAAGAUUCAGAAAAGGAAGACUAUUCAGACAGAACAAUCAGUGACGAAGAUGAAUCAGAUGAGGAUACCUUUAUGAAAUUUGUAAGUGAAGAUAUCCACCAGUGUGCACUUUUAACAGCCGACUCUAUUAGUGACCCAUUUUUCCCCCGGACCACACAGAUACUAUUGGAAUAUCAGCUAGGAAGGUGGGUGCCACGUCUUCGUAAACCACGAGAUUUAUAUGGUGUCUCUUCUUCUGGUCCGCUGAGCCCAACACGGUGGCCUUACCACUGUGAAGUCAUUGAUGAAAAAGUCCAGCAUAUUGAUUGGACUCCUUCUUAUCCUGAGCCAGUGUACAUCCCAACAGGCCUGGAGAUGGAACCCCUUUAUCCAAACUCCAAGGAAGAUACUGUGGUUUAUCUAGCUGAAGAUGCCUACAAAGAGCCGUGUUUUGUGUAUUCCCGAGUUGGGGGCAACCGGACACCCUUGAAGCAGCCUGUGGAUAACUAUGAUGAUACUUUGAUGUUUGAAGCAAGGUUUGAGAGUGGUAAUCUACAGAAGGUAGUCAAAGUGGCAGAAUAUGAGUACCAGCUGACUGUGCGCCCUGACCUGUUCACAAAUAGACACACCCAGUGGUACUAUUUCCAAGUCACUAAUACCCAAGCAGGAAUAGUCUACAGAUUCACUAUUAUCAAUUUCACGAAACCUGCUAGUCUUUAUAAUCGAGGUAUGCGCCCACUGUUUUAUUCUGAAAAAGAGGCCAGCACUCAUAAUAUUGGCUGGCAGAGAAUAGGAGACCAAAUCAAGUACUAUAGGAACAACCAGGGACAAGAUGGGCGCCACUGUUUCUCUCUUACAUGGACGUUUCAGUUUCCGCACAACAAAGAUACCUGCUACUUUGCUCACUGUUACCCAUACACUUACACCAACCUGCAAGAAUACCUUUCUAGCAUCAAUAAUGACCCAGUACGGUCAAAGUUUUGUAAAAUACGUGUCUUAUGCCACACGAUUGCUAGAAACAUGGUGUAUGUUUUAACGAUUACUUCCCCCUUGAAGAACACUGACACAAGAAAGCGAAAGGCCGUGAUUCUGACUGCAAGGGUACAUCCAGGAGAAACCAACAGCUCUUGGAUCAUCAAAGGCUUCCUGGAUUAUAUUUUAGGAGACUCAAGUGAUGCACAGUUGCUUCGGGACACUUUCAUCUUCAAGGUGGUACCCAUGCUGAAUCCAGAUGGUGUGAUUGUGGGAAACUAUCGGUGUUCCUUAGCUGGACAGGAUUUAAACCGCAACUAUACAUCUCUCCUGAAGGAAUCAUAUCCUUCUGUUUGGUAUACCCGGAACAUGAUCCGUAGAUUGAUGGAGAAACGAGAGGUUAUUUUAUAUUGUGACCUUCAUGGCCACAGUAAGAAAGAGAACAUCUUCAUGUAUGGCUGUGACAGUAGUGGUAGGUGUAAAGCUUUAUACCUACAGCAACGAAUCUUUCCACUUAUGCUGAGCAAAAAUUGUCCAGAUAAAUUUUCAUUCUCAGCUUGCAAGUUUAAUAUUCAGAAGAGCAAAGAGGGAACAGGAAGGGUGGUAAUGUGGAAAAUGGGAAUCAGGAACAGCUUUACCAUGGAGGCCACUUUUUGUGGAUCUACUCUGGGUAAUAAAAGAGGCACUCAUUUCAACACAAAAGACUUGGAGUCAAUGGGAUAUCAUUUUUGUGAUUCUCUCUUGGACUACUGUGAUCCAGACCGAACUAAGUAUUAUCAGUGCCUAAAAGAAUUAGAAGAAAUGGAAAAACAUAUAAACUUGGAAAAAGUUCUUGAUGAUUCAGAUACUUCUCUGAAAGAAAUUACAUUGGAUCUAGAAUCCAGCAGCCGUGGCUCUGACAGUUCAGAAUCCAACGACUCUCAGACUGAUCUUCUCAAGUUAAGUUCUCAGAUAAAAAACAAGAAAAAACAUCUGAAAACAAAGAAGGAAAGAAAUUCUACUGUAGAAAGCCAUCAAAACAGCAGAGAAGAAGAGCAAGAGGUUUGUGAUAAAGGACAUUUAGUUCAAAGACACAAAGAAUCAAAUGCUGAUGUGGAAGACAUAAGACCAAAUGUAUCAGAUGAUUGUAUAUUUAAUUAUUUCAGAAGACAGUUCCCUAAUCAAGAUCUGCAUCACAACUUAAACAGUAAUAUGAAGGAAUGUACAUCUUUCCAAAGCAAGAAGGCUGGCGUAAAUUGGACAGAUGAUGAAAAACGAAUCUACAGGGAUAAAGAAAUAGCCCAAACUCAAGAAAUACUGCAGUAUUUGCUCCCCAUCAUGAAAAGCACUAAAAAUGUGCAAACCACUCAGAUAAAACAGAUACUCAAUCCAAGAAUCAACUUUCAAAUCCAACAUCAACCUCAGCCGUCUACUUACAUAAAUAUAAAGAAAUACAGCACAUCUUGGACACCACCCAGAAACCCCCCUCUUAGAAGCCAAAGGAAUCUUCCUGUCAACUCUUCAGAAUGUCUCCAGUCUGUGUCCCAGAAGUCAUCUGAAAGUUUGUCACCUCUCAAAGGACCCAAGAAGAAGAAAAAACAUUCUCGAGCCAAGGCCACAAAGACAAAAGACAUGAAACAUGUCAGCGGCAAAUGGGAGACUACUCCCUCAAGUUUUGAGAAGGGUGCAGACCAGAGUCUGCAGGCUGAAGAAUCCAACCAGCAAGGCUCGCUACAAACAGCCCCCCAUCUAAUUAAAAAUAAGGGAGAGCAACCGAAAAAGAAGGAUGGCCAACCCACCUUCUGUUUGAUGUUACAAACGGACAAAUAAUCUAGCUUUAUGCUGCUCUGAAAACUGUGGAUAAAAGACAACAUACGCUUACAUAGAAAAAAGAAAGAAAAAGAAAAGCCCUCCCUAUCCCCAGCCCCUACACCUCCAGGUGAAUGUACUACAAGUUCGCGAUGUCUUAUCUUCUUCCACUGGAACAUCUUUCAGAGAAUUAAAAAGAAAUACAGAGAAAAUAUAGAAAAUUAAAAAUCACUUAUUUAUAUUUAAUUUCUGUCAAUAAGGAAACAAUCUCUGAACUUUUGAUUUCUU